AUGUCUAAGGCUCUCAAAGUGUGGUCUAAGUUCUCAGUGACGAAGAAAGAUGGCAGUGUUCUCAAUUUACGAACAGUGGAAGUACCUUUGGAUGCAAGUGUAAUGGAAACUGUUCUACAAUGUUAUCUUCAGUAUUUUGUGGUAGAAGAAAAUACUUUUAUUGCUGCUAAGGUCCCAGAAAGUGAAGAAGCAAUGGAAGAAAUAACAGAAUUUGUACUGAAUAGUGCGGGUGAAGAGAAACCACAAGUUAUUGUUUGUUGUUACGAUAACGAUGAUGAUGAAAACAUUGAAGUUUUAGGGUCAUCUAUAAUGACACUAGUAAGGAAAAGUGACCCACCACUAGAGCUGGAAUUCAAAACGAAAGAAAUGCAGAAACUCAUGGAGAUAGUGGAUGGCUUAGCUGAAAUUUACGAUGAAGUAAAAGUAUUUGACUUAGACCCCUGUUUUAGUGAUAGGGGGCUCUUAGUAUGUCCUGAUUACAGAGGCCUAGGUAUAGCACAGGAACUUCUUAAAGUCAGACGUCUAAUUUGCAAGGAGUACGGUAUACCUAUCAAUGGCGCCUGGAUGACGUCAUACGGUACACAGAAGGCUGCGGAGCGUGAUGGCUGGGAGACUGUCUGCGAACUCCAGUAUGAAGACUUGGAGAAGAAGUUCAACGUUACCUACUCAAGAAACCCACCUUCCACUAAAUUUAUGAUCGCUAGAAUACCACUUUAA